AUGACUAAUGAAGCCAUUGAUGAUUUGAAUAUUGGAGAAGUUUAUAUAAACUCCUCCAGUCUGGCUGAUUCCCAGAUUAAAGCCCUGGACCAGCUUUUGGGUUUUAAAUGCUCCAGGCUUGAAAAAAAACUGAAGGCGCUUCAGUUGAAACGUAAAUAUUUAUCAGAGGGAAAGGACAUCAAUGUCAGUUUGAACGAACUCAUUUCCCGAGAACUUAUCGAGGCUGCAGAUUUCUUAUCUGCCUCAACCGAAACCGAAUACCCAAAUUUAGAAAGUGUGGAACUUGAUUCAAAUAAGGAGAUAACGAGAAUAAUUGAUACAAUUAACUCAAGGGAUACUUCAGAGGAAAAACAUGUACAUUUCGAAGAAAGUGAGGAGGAAGAAUCCCAAACCGCAUCCAGUGAGUCUGGAGAGGCCAAAUAUGAAGAAUUUCAAAGAAAGAAGAAAAGGUCAACAACGUUGCCAAACCCAAACGUUAAGAUGAAUCUAUCUGGUGAAGUACAGCUAAUACUUCACAACAAGGGUACUUGCAAACCAUGUGCGUUUGUAUAUAACAAGAAGAAAACCUGCCGAAACGGACCGAGUUGCGGGUUUUGCCAUCAUGAAGACCACGCAUUGUGUACCCUCAAGAGGUGGAAGAAACAGCAGAAACUAGCUUCGACCGGAAGCUUUACAACAGAGAUUAUUUCACAACUAACACGUUCCAGCUCAGGACUUGCAUAGCUUUGUUUAAUAUCCUG